AUGCGUGUCGGACCGGCAGCAGGAGACAAUCAAGAACUUGCUUCAUGUUCUUCUGGACUGACAGAGAGAUACAUGCCUUCCAUGGAGUUGGGCGCCUUGAGGGAUAUUCCUAAUAUAAAAAAGAAAGCUUCUCAGAAAUUGUUUAAGCAGCAGGUGCUUCAUCGAGGCAAACUUUUAUCAUCAUAUAAACACAUGGUCUCAGUUGUAAUUCACAUGGUUAACAUUAGUAGAUCCAUGAAAUGCUUUCUCAAAGGCGCAAGCAGUAGCCCACUUGUACACUUUUCUGGAUAUUCCGAAGAUAAGAAUGAUCCUGGGGAUGGUGGUGGAAUUCCAGUCUUUACAUUUUGGACGAUAUCUUGCUUCGAAGAAGUGGCAGAGGAGCUUGUCCAGAUGUUUAUAUUGGAGUUAAAUUUGAAGCGUUUGCUAGUGGUGGAGUUACUAUCCAUUAGUUGCAAAGUUCCACCUUUAAACAGUUUGCAUUGGUCAGACGAUCUUUAUCCGGGAGAAUUUAGUGAUUUGAGUAUAUGUAACUUAUACUCUGAGGAAACUUGUAAGCCAGUCUAUCCAAGAUUGGAUGAUCAGAAAUCUGAAAUGCCAGCUGCGCGAUUUAACAACCAGCAGCCAGAUCAUGAUGUUUUGCAGGUUUAUCUAACAACAUGGCUUGCAGAGGUGAACAUAGAUUCUGACAGGGUGGAUGAAAUAUUUGUGGAAGUUGGCGAUGAAAUGCAUGUUACGAUUUCAUGA